AUGGUGGCAUUAGACUCAAUAAACGAGGUCGUUGUUUGGCGCAUGAGUUCUUCCGCUGUUGCUGCUGUCGUGUCACCUCCCUUUACCCUCAUCCAGACCCGAACAGUUUCACCUUCGGCUGAGUUACCUAAAGAGUAUCUAUUAUUAUCAUUGUUAUUAUUAUUAUUGUUAUUAUUAUUAUUAUUAUUAUUAUUAUUAUUAUUAUUAUUAUUAUUAUUAUUAUUAUUAUUAUUAUUAUUAUUAUUAUUAUUAUUACACCACUGCUACCAUCUAACUUCUGUCCCAAAAUCCGUCCUCGAUGGAUUAAUCCGUCACAAACCGUGA